AUCAAUAUUUACGCUCGAGUGCGGUUCAAAAUGGAGUGUUUAAAAAGCAAUACGAUCAUAAAAUUCAGACCGGAUACAUUGUUUAAUGUGAGAAAAGAUGUGAAUUUAGAACAAUCUGGAAGGAUUAACGAAGCACUUGAUAUUUUGGAGGACUGGGUGCAGAAACAGUCGCACUUCGUCAAGAGAGAUUUUUCUCGAGAUUACUUGGAAAGAAUACUUGUAACUGCGAAAGGGUUGGUGGAGAGGGCAAAGGAGAGACUAGACAAACUCUGCACGUUCAAGACUUUGAUGCCGGAAUUCUUCACAGUGCCUGAUGUUAAAAAAGAAUUUGAACCCCUCUUCAAAGUUAUUGUUUGCGCUCACUUGCCUCAGAUGACCCCGGAGUAUCACAGGGUGUUUUUCAUCAAGGUCAUCUCUGAUAGUUUGGACUCUUCGCUCAUGUUUAGCUUCUACAAAUAUAUUACUGCGGUCAGCGAAUACGCCAUGCAAGCUGAAUACUGUUCUGGUUUCCAGAUCAUUCUAGACUGCAGGGAUAUUAACGUUAUGAACUUUGUGACUAAAGUCAAUCCUAUAGAUCUCCGUCAAAUCAUGACUUUGAUGACUGAAGGAUACGGUACAAGAAUAAAAGGCAUUCACGUCAUCACAGCAUCCAAAAUGGUCGACACACUGGUGUCACUCCUGAAACAAGUUUUCAGCACUAAACUCGGUGACAGAAUACAUGUGCACAAGACAAUUGAAUCAUGGACGGGGACUGUGCCGAAGGAGAUCUUACCAGCUGACUACGGUGGCGAUCAAAAGCCUCUUAUAGAACUGAACAAAUCCUGGCACGAAGCUAUAAGUUCCAGCACAUUUCUGGACUACAUGAGCGAGAUGAGCAAAGCUAAGACGAACGAAUCCUGCAGAACUGCAAAUAACUUUAAUGAAAACUAUGUGGGGAUGCCUGGUUCCUUCAGGGCUUUGAGUGUGGACUAAUGUUGUGAGGAACAAUAGCAAAUUAGGGGAAAUAAAACUGUCAUAAAGUGAAGAAGCCGCUUUUUGUGCAACAUAUUGGUGCCUUUUAACUAUAGUUUCAAACAUCGCUUCAGAACCAGCCUAUAUACAUACGUCCUAGUGCUAGGCACAGGCCUCUUCCCAUAUAGGGAAGAUUUGAGCAUUGAUCAAUACUCUAGCAUACUACGGUUUGGUGAUUUAAAAUGACAAUACUUGGAACCCAUUUUUCCGUACCAUCCUUUAUUAGGACUGCCUUUGAAAAAUGAAGAUAGCAAGAACAUAUAACUUUAAGACAUUGGUACUAUGCUGUAGUUGGGGUCUAACCUACACCUCGAACAUGGAACCAAAAGGCUACUGCAUAAUUUGAGGGGAAAAUUGUUAAACUUUGUAUAAUCGUUGAUUUAUAAAAAAUUGCUCAAAUAGCUUUGUCUAAAGAUCUUUUAUUUAACCAAAGGGUUUUGGUUAUUAGCGCUAUUCUUUAAAAAAUAUUAAUUUCACUUGGUGUAAUGUGUGUAGGAAUGUAAUCAUGUAAAUGAAUAGCAUAAGAUUUAAAAUUAAAUGUUAUAAUUAUCUUC